AUGCACCUCCUGGAGACUGAGCAAACGGAUUUGGUGCUUGAGGUUGAGGCUGCAUCUGAGGUAGCUGGGGAGCUCCUCUUGGAAGGAGCGGAGCGCCUGUGCAAGUCCAAGGGCGAACAGCGCGGGCAUAAGCGGAUCGCCCUGCUCGCCACCCUCGGCCUGGGGCACGAGGCGGACGAAGGGAAGCAUGGCAGAAGCAUCGGCUGUGUGCUGGAGCUCGGUCAGCAUGGCUCGGCGGCUCACGAAGUCGAAUGCACCAAUGCCGUCGACAGAAAGAACAAUGCAGCUGGGAUCCGAAUCGGUCUCGAGUUGAAGGGAGUGGGCGAGAGCCUCAGCCCCAGCUCGUGUGGACAAGGCGAACUGGUGGGGGCGGGUUGCUUCAUCUAUGUGUCGGCUGAACUGCUGGGCAAGUGUGCGGGCAACCAAACUGGGGAGGAAGUCUCCGCAAACCAGUCCACGGACGCCACCGGCUGGCUUGCGCAAUGCAACGAGGCGGCCAAGGCCAAGUGCAGAAGCUAUGGAGGUGGGGAGGAGCAGUCUUGCGAUGUCGGCUGUGAGUCCACUGGGGCCGGGUGCAGCGCCUCGGCGCGAGCGACGCAGGUUGGCAAGCAAGGCAGGUGCAGGCAGCGCGACAGGCACCUCAGGGAGCCAGGACAGCAGAUCUGGGUCAAGCGGUGCGUAAGGCUGGCUCGGGCGGCGGUCAGGGUCACACAGUUGCUGGAGGGUCGCUUGGUCGCCCGGGGCAAGAGGCUCGCUGAGGAGAGCGCGACGAGCGGCAGAGAGCUCGCCCAGGCGAGCAAGAUGGACAGCCCUGUCAGCACGAUGCUCAGCUCCAGGCUCGGAGAUUGGGGCUCGGGCCGGCGGCGCAGCAGUGGCAGCUUCUCUCAGGAGUGUAGCCCAGUAACAGGCAGGCGAGGAGCAGCCUGCGGCCGGAACAACAGUAACAGUAUGCGUGGGAGGAACAGCCACAACUUCCACGCUCGCUCGGACUCAAUGCUGGUGGGAGCUGCUGCGAAAGACUGGAUGUGCGACAAGGCUAGAUGCAUGGCUUGGCGGAGUGCCCCUCGCAAGAGCUUGGGCGGAGACCGGAAGGUAGGGCAAGGCUGUUGCAACACGUGGGAUGCACCGAACGCGUCCAGACUUGCAAAUGCCGCUCGCAAUCGAGCCCCUGCCAGCGGCGUGUCUUGGACUGAGCUAGGCUGGAUCGGCGCACGGUCGGAGGCAGGUGUUUGGGGAUGCACAGGCUCGUCCGCGGCCUCGGAGGCUUGCAAAGGGGCCGGGCCGCCAGGCGCGGGAGAUGGCGAAGAACUAGACGAGGAGUUCGCGGCGGAGCCAGGGCGUUGGGUGGGGUUGGCGGGCUGUUGCGGCACGCUGGUCUGUGGAGGAGGGUCAGGUGGGGCCUGCGCGUGCGCCACUUGCUGCACCAGGUGGGCUGCUGCCGAUUCGCCGAGGUACACGUGGAGUAGUGCUAGCCGGUAUGUACCCAUCGGGCAAGACGAACUGGCCCCAUGCCCAUGGCAAGUGCACGAGUGUGUUGGUGGGCAGAGCAUUGGUAGCGGCGGCCAGGCUGAGGAGCAGCUGGGCCUCUUGCACAGGCACGGGGCGUCCUUUGCCAGACGCAAGCUGCUGCAAGACGUGCAAAGCGUGAGUGAGGGAGUGUGGUGGCGCCGGAGCGGCGUGGAGGGAUCGUGUCCAAAUGUCUCCAUAGCUCGCAUGGCUCGCCCAUUGUUGCUCGCUUUGAGGGUGCAGUCGGCCGACGGCAGCAUGCAACAACGGAACGAAAAUCCAACUGUGCGUCGGGCUGGCAAAGCUGCCUGCAGAAGGGGGUGUGUACCAUGGCUGCUCACCUGUUGUCUGGUUUGGGAGGACCUCAGCUGGUGGGGGCUCCAGUGCGACCCGAACAGGUGUGCACGGUAG